GUUCUUUUAAAUAAAUGUGCAAACAAACUCUGCCUAUCAAAAGAGUCAAAGAGCGUUCAAUCAAGGAGGCUAAACAAAAAGUCGAUUAAUGGAGAAGCCUAUAUAAAAAUGGAGAGAUUGAUGCCAAUGGUCAAAAAAUUAAAUAUAGCCUAAAUAAAGCUGCCGAGAAGGUAGGAGUUCCAAAAAAGUCCUUAGAGGAUUACCGUUAUCUACUAAAGUAGGAAUCUAUCAUACUAUAUUUUAGGAAAGCCUAAGGUUUGGUUGAUUUCAAUAAUGUUGGAGACAAGAGGAUGGGGUUUUUGCGACUCUUGCUUAAAUAGAAAUAAUUAAUAAAAAAGAGAAUGUCCUAUGAUUACCAAAAUAUCUUUAUUGAUGAAAGAUCUCGGAUGCACGAACCAUAGCAUCAAAAUAAUUUUGUAGAUAUGAUUGUAGAAGGAGAUACAGUCAAGCAAUCUCGGGAUAAUGAGUAUUUUGAUUACUCAUAUGUCCUACCGCAUGUUUGCCCUACUAAUUAACAAGAUGAAGAAAAUUUUGAAAAGCAGGUUAAAACCACUAAUACUGAUUAAGAAUGUUAAAACAGACAAUAAAUUUUACAUUGA